AUGAAGUGCAUCGCAGCUGUAGUCAUGGUGGCUCUGGCCGUCGUCGCUGAGUGCGGCCUCAUUCCGGCUCCGGUGGUCUACUCUGCUCCCCAGACGACUGUCGUCCAGCAGAAUGUGGCUCCGAAGUACGUGGUUCCGGCCCCUCUCGCGUACGCCGCUCCCGCUUACUCCUAUGCCGCUCCGUCCUACUCCUAUGCUGCUCAAACCGUCUCCCAUGCCGUCCCAGCCGUCUCGUAUGCCCGUGUCGCCUCAGUAGCUCCAGUCGCCUACUCCGCGCCAUCGUUCUACGCUGAUUCGGAUGUGGUGGAAGCUGCUCCAGUGGCCGUAGCUCCUGCUGCCACCGUCGUCGCUCAGCCCGCCGUGGCUGUUGUCGCCCAGAAGGAGGCUCGCUAUGUCGCUGCCAACCGUGGCGCCGUCCACGAGGCUCCUCUGGCCGGACAUGCCGUCAACCAGCAGUCCCUGAACCUUGAAUUCUUCAUUGCAAUCAUGGCUGUGGCGUUCGUCGCUGCCUCGGAGGCGUCCUACCUGCCAUACGAUGAUGUCCUGUCCUACCAGCACAGCUACGGCUAUGGACUUCCGGUGUCGAAGGUGGUCUAUGGCUCGUCGUACGGUCUCCCAGCAGCGUUGGACAAGUACUCCUACCCAUCAUCGUUGUACGGUUCCUAUCCGGCCGUGAAGAAAGUGGUCGAAUACCCGUCGGUUGCUCCAGUGCUGGCCACCAAGGUCGUUGAUAACAGCUACGAUCUGGGAUACAACAAGCUGGUCGCUCCAGUGCUGAACAGCGGAUACGGUCUGGGAUACAACAAGCUGGUCAGCGGAUACGGUCUGGGAUACAACAAGCUGGUCGCUCCAGUGCUGAGCAGCGGAUACGGUCUGGGAUACAACAAGCUGGUCAGCGGAUACGGUCUGGGAUACAACAAGCUGGUCGCUCCCGUCGUCGCCACCAAAGUCGUCGAUAAUGGACUGUGGAACUAUGGAGGAUACGGUCUGGGAUACAACAAAAGAAUAGAAGAACCGACGUAUAUAAACCCGGCCCAGUCCGAACUUCGAUCACAAUUCAAUCGAUCUUCACACAGUUUGGACGGCAGCAUCCACAAAACAAGCCCAGCAAUCAUGAAGUGCAUCGCAGCUGUAGUCAUGAUGACUCUGGCCAUCGCGGCGGAGGCUAACGUUAUUGCCCUUCGCACUCCGGUAGUUUACACCGGUGCCGAGAAAACAGUCGUCCAGCAGAACGUAGCUCCGAAAUACUACACGUCCAGCGUGGCUUACAAUGCCCCCGUAGUGACCGCGUACACCGUCCCAGAAACUUACGUCCAACAGAAGUACUAUUCGGGCCCGGCUGUGACAUACGCUGCUGCGCCUGCCGUCACCACCUACUCCGUCCCGAAGGCGACCUACGUGGCGUCGAACGUUGCCCCGGCUGUCGCCUACUCGACCCCAGUUGUCACUGCCUACACGGUGCCGGAAAAGACCGUUGUGCAGCAGAACGUUGCCCCGAAGUACGUUAGCUACACGGCCCCGGCCGUGUCUUACGUUGCUCCGGCUGUCUCCUACUCCGCUCCGGCCGUCACCUACACCGCCACCGCUCCGGUGACCAAGUAUGAAUCGGUCGCACCCGUCGCUUACCCGGCACCGAUCGCUUACUCAUCCGACUCGGACGUAGUGGAGGCUGCCCCGGUUGCUGCCGUUGCCCCCGAGGAGACCGUCGUCGUUGCCCAGCCCGCGGUUGCUGCCGUCGUUGCCCAGAAGGAAGCUCGCUAUGUCGCUGCUAACCCCGGUGCCGUGCACGAAGCUCCGCUUGCCGGACACACCGUCAACCAGCAGUCGCUGAACGUGCAGCCUGCCCCGGGAACGCAGUAAGGAGUUGUCAACCGUACUAUGAAAACGAUACUCUUUUUCGAACACACACACAGAUACAAAAUUAACGACCCUUCGAGCCAUUGACAAGUUUCUUCUUGUUGGAUCUAUGCUGAAAUAAAUCUUGCAAAAUGUCACAAUGAA